CAAACAAUGGCUUCCUUGAUGAGCUUCCUCAUAGCUUUUUCUCUCAUUGCCUUUGCCCCUUUUUGCUUCUGUGGCAAGGCCAACAAUGGUUACCUCUACCCCCAGUUUUAUGAUCACUCAUGUCCCAUAGCUCAAGAGAUAGUGAAGUCCAUUGUGGCUAAGGCUGUUGCAAAAGAAACCCGCAUGGCCGCUUCUUUGCUGAGGCUCCAUUUCCAUGACUGUUUUGUAAAGGGGUGUGAUGCAUCAAUAUUGUUAGAUAGCAGUGGCACCAUAAUUAGUGAGAAAACCUCCAAUCCUAACCGGGGUUCUGCUAGGGGAUUUGAAGUCCUGGAUGAGAUCAAGUCUGCUCUUGAGAAGGAAUGUCCUCAGACGGUAUCCUGUGCUGAUAUUUUGGCUCUAGCUGCCAGAGAUUCCACUGUCUUGACUGGUGGUCCUAGCUGGGAAGUUCCAUUAGGAAGAAGAGACUCCAGAGGUGCAAGCUUGAGUGGCUCUAACAAUAACAUUCCUGCUCCAAACAACACAUUCCAAACCAUUCUCACCAAGUUCAAGUUACAAGGACUUGAUGUUGUUGAUCUUGUAGCGCUGUCUGGGAGUCAUACAAUCGGAAAUUCCCGUUGCACAAGCUUCAGGCAGAGACUGUACAACCAAUCAGGCAACGUUAAAACCAAAAAACGGUUCAGUUCAAGCAACCGGUUAACCGGAUUUUCCACCCCUAUAAAAAUCACUUCCUGUUAA